AUGUCUGAAAUCAAGGCCUUCAUCGUACUGGGGGCCACUGGCCGCCAAGGUGGUGCCGUUGUCGACGCAUUGUUAACGCAUGCCGAAAUCAAGAUUCUCCCAACUCAAGUUUACGCAAUCACUCGACAGGCGGCGGGAACCGCUGCUGAUCGCUUACGAGAGAAGUUCCGUGGAAUCAACAUUAUGGUUGGGGAUUUGGGCAACCCCAAUGCCAUCUUUGAACAACUCAACCAAGAAACGUUGAGUCAGUCGGGAGUUUUCCUCGCCCAGGCCCAUGGACCAACCGAGCUACCAGACGGAAAGGCAUUUAUCGACGCCGCAGUGGCCCACGGCAUACCCUACUUCGUGUAUUCAUCUGUGGACCGCGGUGGACGCGAACUGAGCGACAAGGACCCCUCAUACUGCAAGACAUUUUCAGACAAGUUCUACAUUGAACGGCACCUGAAAAAUGCCUUCACCAAAGACAUUGGCAGAUGGGCAGUCGAGGGUCUGGUCAGGCCCGACAGAACUGGCAUACGAAACCAAGCUCUCUCAAUUGCAAGCGAUGAGAUGAGUUUCGGCCAGGUUGACGCGGCCUUCAUGAAGCAUACAGGCAGGGGUGUUCCGGUCACAACAGGGCUUUUGGCAAGAGGAAUCAUCUGGCUGGUCAACGAUCUGAACACAAUGUUCCGAUUCAUCGGCGACAGAGAUUAUGGGGCCGACUUGCCAUGGUUGAAGACUCAACUGAAGCCAACAACGUUCAACGAAUGGAUUCAGAGCGAAGUACCGAAGCAGGCUUGA